AUGUGCGUCAAGAACCCACUUACCAAGCAAACCAAAAAUGGUAGUUGUGGCCAUGAGCACUUUCAACUGCUGUUACACCUUGCUCUGUGUAAUAUCCGCUCCUGCGUACUCAACUACCAGUUCACAGAAAUAUGGGCUCCGUUGGACUCGCAAACACCAAUGUCUUCAUCGGCUUUAAAUUCGACUGUUUCUUUUAACGAGGCAUAUACAGCAUCCGUUCCAUCAUUAGCGACUAAUAUCCCAAUGGCAACAAUGUACUGUCCAGAAUCAUUGGCAUCAACCUAUCCGUUGCCACGAAAAAAUCCAGUCAUCAACAAAUUAACAAUUAAAAUUCCCAAAGCAAAGUUACAGUCUGAUCAAAUGGUUACUAAUUUAGACGACCAGCAUUUACAGCUGCUAUCUGGCAGCACCAUAGCUUCCGAUGAUACAUAUAUGCCAUUUGAUACCGAUAUAGAAAUGCAAAGUAUACACGCAACUCCAACUCUUCCCAACCCAAUGACCAUGCCUCUUAUCUCACCUACAUCAACCGAUUCCAUCCAAACCCCAACUGGAAUGAUGCCAUCGGUAUUUUCUUUUAGUCCUUCAUCGUUGCUCACUACACAACGAUCGCGUAAGGAAUUGUUGAGUCGACUGCAACGACGAUAUCGUGUGCUUGACUUGUAUCGUGGAAGUAUUAUUGCAAAUGGCGAGAUCAGCAUGUCGUUGGAUUCACCUAGUGGUAGUAUUUUAUCCGCCGGAGCCUUUCCUGCGGCUGCCAUGAAGAUCAAUCUCGCUAGAAUAGAGAGGUUUGAUCCUGUAUUAAAUCUCAAGUACUUUUAUUUAUAUCUUGACUAUGCCGUACACGAUCCUGAAGAGGAGACACCACGGCACCAACUUGCACAAUUUGCUGGCAUUUCUGAGCACGAAACUAUCAAAGAGUUGAAUAUCUCAUUAAUACCUUGCAUUCGGUUUCCCAUUCUUCAAACAUUAUUUGCUAGAUCCAAUCACUCUGUCGAGUUUUAUCUAUUGCGCGUUGAUUUGGACAUGUUUCUUCUUCAUCACGGCGAAUUUAAAAAUAUUUUAAUCUUUGAAUCAAAGCGUACCAUGCAAAUUGAAUGCACAACAAGUGUAUACUCUUUUGGAAAACGUAUAUUGGAAACUAUCCAACCACAAACGCCUGAGCUAUCACCUGUCUCAACAUGGCUGUACCAAUUUGACUAUGUAAAGGAGUUUUUUACAGCGUUUUUAAAUGGAUUUCAAUUUUUAGAAGGUGAAGAGGAGGCUCGAAUGGCGAUUGAGAACCUGAGUAUUAUGCAGACGUUUGAAGAGGUUGAUGUCGAUACAACCCAUCGCAGUCUGAUAUCGUGUAUUUCAUACGAAUUUCAAUGUGGUGGAAGUGGUAACGUGGAGAUGUUUCGACUUCAAGGAGAAUAG